UGAGGUAAAGGGAGGUGUGUGUGUGCGUGUGUGUGUUUGUGUACUCACCUUCAGUUGAGACAUGUCAUUACAUUUUCAAUGCUGUCACGUAAUGCAGUCCUAUUUCCAAGGGGAAUAAUACAUGUCAGAUGUGCAACAGUGAGUGAGUGAACUUUUUAUAGUGACUAAUCCAUAUAAUGACUCAACUCUCCAUGUAAUGUUCUCAAGGGACUUUGUGCAGCAUCCUUCAAUGUUUUUAAGAGGACGUAAUCCCUAAUUGGUCUCGGGAAACGAGGUUUGCUCAAUCUAUUUUUAUUUUGUUAUUUUACCUAUUCCAAAUAAAUAAAAAAAGGUUCAGAAUAAAAGAAAAAAAAAAAACACACACACACGAGCAUCAGCUGUGACGUUCACAUGAGGAAAACGCACUUGAGACUUGCGCUAUGUGCGGGCGCAGCUCUGACGUGUUUGUCUGCAGCGCGUCUGGUGCACAUGGAUAUAAAAGCACGCAGCUCCCACCAGGCGCCCAGAGGAGCUGAAGAGACGCACCAGGACAUUGAUCAAACCUCCCCCUGACCUACUGGGAAUUAUGAAUCCUAACUUGGUGAGCUGGCUGGGGACUCUGGGGCUCCUGCUGUGGGCGCUGCUCUGCCUGAGCGCCCUGACCGAGGGAUACCCGAUGAAACCGGAGAACCCCGGGGAGGACGCCCCGGCGGAGGAUCUGGCCAAAUACUACUCAGCCCUGAGACACUACAUCAACCUCAUCACGAGACAGAGGUAUGGGAAGAGGUCCAGUCCUGAGAUUCUGGACACGCUGGUCUCGGAGCUGCUGCUGAAGGAAAGCACAGACACGCUUCCACAGUCAAGAUAUGACCCAUCAUUGUGGUGAUGCUGCCAUCAACGUUGAAUCCACAUCACUGCCGCCGCCCCGCCGCUGCUGACAUUCUGACCUCUGAACCUCUGUCACGUCAUUUUCCUCCUAUACGCCAAGAGACCUCCCCUGCCUCCGUGCCCCUCUUACCUCUACGAGCCGCUACGCGUAAUCAACCCCUCCUCCUUAACCAUCGAACAGGGUCAAAACUGCUUAUAGCAUGUGCCAUCAAAUUGUAAAUUGUUCACUCAGUUAUCGUCUCUGACACAUAAAGGUGAAGGGGGGAGGGCCACGUUGUUUGUGUUGUAUAAAUGUGCUAUUAAAGAAUCAUUGU